GCCGUGUCAAUAGCCGCACCGGUGGCCGUGUCUGGUGGGGGGUUGCCAGUCUCGGCCCCCACCAUGAUGAUCAAGGAGACGUCGUUACGCCGGGACCCUGACCUGAGGGGAGAGCUGGCCUUUCUAGCCAGGGGGUGUGACUUUGUCCUCCCCUCACGCUUCAAGAAGAGACUCAAGUCCUUCCAGCAGCAACAGGUCCAGUCCAAACCAGACAAGAAACCCGGCACACCUCCACCAGCCCCUGCCCCUACCCUGGCCACAACCACCCCCACGCCACGUUCACCCAGCCCUCCUCCAGCUCCGGUGAUAGUCACCCCGCCUCCCCCUGCCAUCAACAUUCCCAGGUUCUACUAUCCCCGUGGGCUCCCUGCCCCAGGCCCGCCUGCCAACCACGACGCAGCCAUCACUGCCAUUGAGACGGCCUUCACCGAGUUUGAAGAGGAGAAGGCCGACAUAUAUGAAAUGGGCAAGAUUGCAAAGGCAUGCGGAUGUCCACUUUACUGGAAGGCCCCCAUGUUCUAUGCAGCAGGUGGCGAGAGGACAGGCUUUGUCUCUGUUCACUCCUUCAUUGCAACCUGGAGGAAGUUGUUGCACAGUUGCCAUGACGAUGCAUCAAGGUUCAUUUACCUGCUUGCUAAACCUGGCUGUAACUACCUGGAGCAGGAGGACUUCAUUCCUCUUCUGCAGGACAUAGUGGAUACACACCCUGGGCUCACAUUUCUGAAGGAUGCACCAGAAUUCCAUUCCCGCUAUAUCACAACGGUGAUCCAACGGAUAUACUACGUGGUGAAUCGCUCAUGGACAGGUCGUAUCACCAUGAUGGAGCUGCGCAGAAGCAACUUCCUGCAGACCCUUGCCCUGCUGGAGGAGGAGGACGACAUCAACCAGAUCACUGACUACUUCUCGUACGAGCACUUCUACGUCAUCUACUGCAAGUUCUGGGAGCUGGACACUGACCAUGACCUCUACAUUGACCCCAAAGACCUGGGGAGAUACAACGACCACGCAUCCUCAAACAGAAUCAUUGAGAGAUUGUUUUCAGGGGCCGUCACUCGGGGUAAUGCGGUGCAGAGAGAAGGCAGGAUGAGCUAUGCCGAGUUUGUCUGGUUCCUCAUAUCUGAGGAAGACAAGAAAAACCACACAAGUAUUGAGUACUGGUUCCGGUGCAUGGACGUAGAUGGCGAUGGCGUCCUGUCCAUGUUUGAGUUGGAGUUUUUCUAUGAGGAACAGUGUGAGAGGAUGGAGAGGAUGGGCAUCGAACCUCUGCCCUUCCAGGAUUUGCUCUGCCAGAUGCUUGACCUGGUGAAACCUGAGAGCACAGGUAAGAUAACCCUGGGUGAUCUCAAGCGCUGCCGGAUGGCCCACAUAUUCUUUGACACCUUCUUCAACCUGGAGAAAUACCUGGACCAUGAACAGAGAGACCCAUUUGCUGUGCAAAAGGACAUUGAUAGCGAAGGUCCGGAGCCAUCUGACUGGGAUAAAUAUGCCUCAGAGGAGUAUGAGAUACUGGUGGCAGAAGAGACUGCAAAUGAACAGCUACAUGAAGGGUCAUUUGACGAUGACUACGAAUCCGAGGAGCUUCAAGUCCCUGGAGAGAUUGGGAAUAAAAUGGAAAAACUGGUCAUAUCAGACCUGUCGGCAUAAAACUCCUUCCCUGGAGUUCCUGGGCCUUUCAUCCUGGAAAACAGAUGGGAACCAAGUGAUAGAGAGUUAUUUAUCAAAAAAAAAUGCAUGGAUGUAAAGACAGAGGGAGAAAAUGAUUCUGGCGUCUGUCUUACAAUGACUGGAGUCUCCUCAGAACGGACUCAUCGGUUUUUGUGUGUGUGACCGUGAACCAGUACUCUUCUGUGUCUGGUAUAAAAAGAGAAAAAAAACAGAAAAGAUAAUGCAUCUGUAUUCAUACAGAAAACUUUGUCACUGCCUCCAGCUUUUCACUCCAUCGGAGAGAACAAAGCCAGCGAUGGAGGGAGAAGUGCUCAAUAAGCUCUAAAAGGAAUCAAGAAAAAAAACAAAAACUUCACUGUAAAAUAAUGUAUUUGCCAUUGUGAAUUCUCUACUGACAAUCCUGCCACAAGACAAUCACCUGCAUUUUCAGUUGCCUCUGUGCUAAAGGCGACAGGUAGACUGUCAGUUACACAAGUAGACUCACAGAAAUAGAUAAUGAAAGUGAUAGGCAUUACCAUUCAUAACCCGCAGUCACAAUAGUCACAACAUCACAUACAGAUAGACACUGCCGUCAGAAACCCGCUGCCCUGUGCAGCCCGUCACUGUGUUUCUUGUAAAGGAAGUUCUUAAACCUCUAGUCCCUUCAGGGAGGAAUCAUGCAACAGGUUGGGUGGUUGUAACAGCACCUCUCUGUGGCCACUCUGUGCUACUGCACGGCACCGCUGUCACGCACGGUGCACUAAUGGCCGGCCAACUUUUUCCAAGAGGGAGUUCAGCUCACUGCACAGCCUGAGCAGCUCUAUUCUUAGAGCGGCAUUAUCAGCGCUCCACCUCUGGACUCCCUUUGCAAUCAUUUCUAAACCCCCUGGAAAAAAAAAAAAAAAAAAGUUUCUGACUACAAGGACUGUAAUGCUCCAGCCGGCGAGGUCACAGUGAGGGAUAUGCACAGAAAAAUGAUGCAUGUUGACAAACAUAUCAAACUCUCUGGUAGAGUUGCCCACACAUUUCCACCUGUCACAUUUGUAAUGAUAUAUGCACAUAAGAACUGUGAGUUGUUCCUGUCAGUCUCAUGCAUUUAUCCACCGCAUCCCACUGUCUGCUUCUCACGUCCUUGUUGAUUGUGUACAGGACCUGGUAAUUACUUUGAUUUGUUCUUGUCAUUUAUGCCAAAAAUCAUUGUUAUAUACCAUUUGUUUCUGCAGCUUUCUAAUGUCCAUUCUCCCUGUAACACACGUACCAAACACACCAUUAAGGACGCCUCUUAAAGGGUCAGUACAUCCAAAUUAUGAAGAACCACUAGUGGUGAGUUUUUUGUUAUGGUUCUCAAGUUUUGAUAUAUCUGUCCCUGAGGGUUCAGCCUCCAUCCUGUUACAAUGGAAAUGAAUGAAAUUUGUAGCGGCCGCCACAACGUAGAGAAUUACCUUAACAUUUAAGAGCAACCUCUCUGAAACGGUUGUCCCUGCUACUCAAAACAAACCACAGGACACACUGUGAGCAGCUUCCAUCGGAACUACUUUCUAUUGAGGAAAUAGUCCUGAUAUUAAGGUUCGUGGAGAGUAACAGGACAUUGUGUCUGGCAAGACACGAUGCUGUUGUUUCUGCAAUCUCUUUUUUUUUCAUGCUUUGAGCACCACAGAUGAAAUUCCAUUCACUCCUAUUGCACCGAGGUGGAGGCAGGAAUCUCAGACAUGAAUAUCUUCAAACCUGGGGAGAUAAAACCCAAACUAUUUACACAGGUCGAUAACACAAAGUUUGAUUUUGUCCGUCAAUUUGUGUGAACUGAUCCUUUAACUCCAUUAUUUACUGUGCUGCACUCAUAGGGACAGGUGCAUGUGUGUGUACACUGCCCUUACUGUAAUAGCUAGGAGCAUGUGUUUGCUUAUACAUCACUGAUUGAGGAGUGUGUUUUAGGAGCGUGUGAUAUGUAGCUCUCAGUUUAGGGCUGUUUAUAUGUCGUAGUCGUUGCCAUGGGGAUGGUGUUCCUGUGGUCUGUUUGUAUGUGUACACAGACACACUUAUACACACACCACACUAUAGUUGCUGUUGAAAGGGAGAGAGAGAGAGAGCCAGUGGAUGCUGUAAGGCCUUCAGGACCUUGAGUUUCCCCGUUCUGCUCUACAGCCAUUGUAAAUGUGCCUGACUGUGUAUUAAACUAUAUUAUUAUUAUAAUAGUAGUAAUAAUAAGCCAUUAUAGAUAUAACGGCUGUGAUUUUUGAUGUAUUUUGAUGGUUUGUAUUGCUGUGCCACUGUGUGGCUCGGGACAGGGGGGUAAAUUAUGUUAGAUGUGUGUAUGUUUGUGUGUUUAGAUGCACAGUCAAUUUGAAUGGAGGAGGUGGAAUCCUCUGGAGGACUGAUCUGAAGCUCCGACCAUCUGACAAUCACAAAACCAUGAGACACACAUCGUACAGAAAGUGGAACCUCUGAGACUGAUGUUUCACUUCUGUGGUCACACACACACACACACACUCACUCACACACUCACCCAGACAGUAUUUAAAAUGAACUCUUAAAGGCGAUGGGACGUCUCCGGUUGAUAACUUUUUCUGGCUCUAUGCAAAGUGUCCUGGUGCUCACACACGCAGCAUCAGGCAAGGAAAGAAGCCAUGUGGGACUUCUACUUUGAAAUUAUAUCUCUACCAUGAGAGGUAGAGAAAAGACUUUUAUUUUGAUGUACUUCCUCUGUGCAGAGGACAUUCGAGUAGGCUGAGAUGAGAUGCAAAUCGAGAUGAUUAUUGUAUUGGCAUGGUUUUCUUUUUGUCUGUCCAUCACUUUGUUUUCUUUCUUUCUUUCUUUCUUUUUUCUUUCUUUCUUUCUUU